AUCUGGCUCUUUCAAGCCACGGGCAUUUACUGCUACUAAACACCCUCUCCUUUCUCUUCUAUCUCCUGAUUAUAUACCUACUACAUAUCUCCAAGCUUCAAAGUCUUCUCAUUGGCAUCAAGCUAUGCAAGAGGAAGUCAAUGCCCUCAUCAACACUGGCACAUGGUCUCUUGUUCCCAAGUCUACAUCUCAGAAUAUUGUAGGCUGCAAGUGGGUGUUCCGAAUUAAAAGAAAACCCGAUGGUACUAUUGAUUGGUAUAAGGCUCGCCUUGUGGCCAAGGGAUUCAAUCAACAAGAAGGUUUAGAUUACACAGAGACUUUCAGUCCGGUAGCAAAACCUGUUACUAUUCGAAUUCUUCUCACCUUUGCGGCUCAGUUUGAUUGGUAUUUAAAUAAACUCGAUGUCAACAAUGCUUUUCUACAUGGGACACUUACUGAAUCUGUUUUCAUGCAUCAGCCUCCUAGUUUUGAAGAUUCUACGCAGCCAUCUCAUGUCUGUCACCUGCACAAAUCCUUAUAUGGUUUGAAACAAGCUCCGAGAGCUUGGUAUGAGAAGCUUCAUGGUGCUCUUCAGUCACUUGGUUUUCAUAGCUCUUCCAGUGAUCAUUCCUUGUUCAUUAAAAAGGUUUCCAACUCUGCUGUGGUGUUCAUUUUAGUGUAUGUUGAUGACAUUUUAGUCACUGGACCCAAUUCUGCUGAAUGUCGAAAGGUUAUUCAUCAACUUAGCUCCCUGUUUCCCAUUAAAGAUCUCGGACCUCUUCAUUAUUUUCUUGGUCUUGAAGUCAAACGCUCAUCUUCUGGUAUUUUCAUAUCUCAGACCAAAUAUAUUGUGGAUCUGCUUUCCAAGGCCAACAUGACUAGUGCUAAACCCUGUACCACACCUCUUAGCACUUCUAAGCUUAAUCAUGACUCCCCUUUGUGCGAUAAUAUCUCUGAGUAUCGAUCCUUGGUUGGUGCACUUCAAUACCUUACAGGGACACGACCGGAUCUUAGUUUUGCAGUGAAUCUUGUCUGUCAAUUUAUGCAUCAACCCAGAAUUUCCCAUUUUCAAGCAAUCAAGCGCAUUCUUCGAUAUCUUAAGGGCUCCAUUGAUCUUGGUUUAUGGUUUUCCAAAAGUUUUACACCUCCCACACUAACUGCAUUCUCAGAUGCUGAUUGGGCUGGCUGUGCCCUUGAUCGUCGAUCUACUGGAGGGUAUUGUGUUUUUCUGGGCAAUUCCUUGAUCAGCUGGAGUGCAAAGAAACAACCCAUUGUUGCUCGAUCUUCAAUAGAGGCCGAAUAUCGCUCUCUUGCCAAUACUGCUUCUGAAAUCACUUGGGUCUAUCAGUUGUUACUCGACAUUGGUUAUUGUUUGCCUCACACUCCUCAAAUCUGGUGUGACAAUUUCUGUAAUAUCUCUUGCUAAGAAUCCUUUAUUUCAUGCUCGGACCAAGCAUGUGGAAAUAGACUAUCAUUACAUUCGUGAGAAAGUCUUAGCUCGUAAGAUCUCUAUGCAUUUUGUUUGUACCCAAGAUUAAGUUGCUGAUAUUUGCACAAAGUCUCUGUCAAAAUCCAGAUUUCAUUUCCUUCGUGGCAAACUUCAACUUCGGAUUCCCCGGUUUUGUUUGAGGGGGAAUAUAAAGGGUAAUAUUGUAACUACACUAUCUAGGGAUAUUACUUAGUGAUUAAGUAUUAGUUAG